AUGUGCAUUUUGGAUCUAUUUACGUCCGUGUCCCAUUCUCUCUCCACUUGGCCCAUCCCUGCCGCCACGAGCACUCGUUGGGGAGCUUCGGGCACGGACGGUACUUGCACUGCACAGGGUUUCUUCUUGCAGCUCAGCAUCGCCAGUCCGAUCUACAACUUUAUGCUCAUGUGGUUCUUUCUACUCAAAGUCAAAUACAGUUACACGGACGCUCAAAUACACAAAUGCAUUGAACCCUCAAUGCACACAUUUGCGUUUCUAUUUGGGUUUGGAACGGCCUUGGUUUGUUUGGGGCUCAACAUGUAUCAUGAUAGUUCUCUUUGGUGUUGGGUCAAUGCUACCCCCAUUGGCUGCAAGCAGACCUUCCGGCACGGAUACACCACUUGUGAGGAAGGCGACAAUGCCGAGAUAUUUCGAUGGGCAUUUUACUUUGGGCCCCUCUGGGCAUCUGUCCUUGGUGCCAUGGUUGCCAUGUUCAUGCUCUAUCAGUAUGUUCGGAAGACGGAAAAACAAGCACGUCAAUAUGACUUUGAACUGACACAAGCCAAAAAGUUACUAGAAGAACAAGAACUCGAAGAUGACGGCCAUUUAUCUCGUGAUUCCUCUCGUGAUUCCUCUCGUGCUUCCUCUGUCUAUUCUAUAUCAUCUGCACUAUCCAAUAGUGUCCAUUCCCUCACUAAAGGCAGCAUGAAAGCGGCAACCAGCCUCUACAAACACACUCUAUGGAAGAAGAAAUACGACAGCAAGAAAAAAGACUACCGACAAUCAAAAAUCGUUGCUCGACAGGCAUAUCGAUAUGUCGCUGUAUUUUAUGUUACCUGGAUUGCAGGGACCACUAACCGACUCCUGCAAUUGACAAGGGGCGAAUCCUUCUUUUGGCUCAUGGCGCUACAUGCAACCUUCACGCCCAUGCAAGGAUUUUUCAACUUUCUGGUGUAUAUGUAUCCCAAAUGGGAAGCCAAACGAUUGAAACGCAAAAAGGAACUUGCCAAGAAACAAAAGCAAAAACUCGACAAUACAAAGACUGAGCCGAAUGGUCCAUCCGUCGAACAAUCGCCAGCUGUACAACAACCAUCACAACAACAGCAGCAGCAGGAGAAUGAUAUGCAGGACAUGGAACUGCCUCCAAUUGCAGAGGUUCCUUCAGAGGUGUUUUCCGUCUCAGGAGCACCACCAAUGGAUCACAGUCGUAGACUGUCACUCAUUGACGUGUCGGAGGAGCUAGAUGGCAUCUCACUGUAUGGAGAAGAAGAUGAAGAGGACGAGGCGGUCGCGCCAGAACUACCAUCCGAGCACAUGGAUUUGAGCAAGGCUGAAGACGAAGACGACAGUGACGAUGAGUUUAUCACCUAUUCCACACAAUUCUGA